GACCGCAGACGGGCGUGAGGCGGAAGCCGCGCAUGCGCAGUAAGACGCAGGACUUGAGCGCUGCACCAUCCAACGUGUCCGGACCCCGAGCCUCAUCCUUCAGCCGCCCGUGGAGCGUCUCUGCCCUGGGGAGGGGAGAUCCGUGCGGAACAUCGCGGGGAUACACAUCCAGAGCCGUCAUGUCUGUAGCCAACGAGUUUGGAAACCCUUUACGGAAAUUUAAACUUGUUUUUUUAGGAGAACAGAGCGUUGGAAAAACGUCGCUGAUAACGCGGUUCAUGUACGACAGCUUCGACAACACUUAUCAGGCCACCAUCGGGAUCGACUUCCUGUCAAAAACCAUGUACCUGGAAGAUCGAACGGUGAGGUUACAGCUGUGGGAUACGGCGGGGCAGGAACGCUUUAGGAGCCUCAUCCCCAGCUAUAUACGAGACUCUACUGUAGCCGUGGUUGUGUACGACAUCACAAAUGUGAAUUCCUUCCAGCUGACCACAAAAUGGAUCGACGAGGUCAGGACGGAGAGAGGAAGUGACGUCAUCAUCAUGCUCGUCGGCAACAAGACAGACUUGGAGGAGAAGAGACAAAUCAUGAUUGAGGAAGGAGAACAGAGAGCUAAAGAACUGAACGUGAUGUUCAUCGAGACGAGCGCUAAAAGCGGCUGCAACGUCAAACAGUUGUUUAGGCGAGUAGCUGCUGCUCUGCCCGGGAUGGAAAAUCUGGAUGAGGCGAAUAAAGAAGGCAUGAUUGACAUCAAGCUGGACAAAGCCCAGGAGCCUCCUGCCAGCGAGAGCAGUUGCUCAUGUUAGUGCAGCGCCCUCUCAUGGACACUCCACUUACACUCCUACUGGUUCUCAAGCUUCCUGUGGCUCAGCAUCCCGAACGGAGCUCAGGCUUUCUACAUCCCACUGAACUGAAAGUGUUUAACCUCUCUCUCUCUCUCUCUCUCUCUCUCUCUCUCUCUCUCUCUCUCUCUCUCUCUCUUUCUCUCGCUAUCAGACAAAAAAACAUCACGUCCAUAUUGUUGGUCCGACAACAACAUUGUGUAAAUAAUUCAAACGAAGGUGAGCUGUUAGAGCGAUGAAGGACAACGAUGACGCAGUGACGCGGUACAUUUUCUACAUUUGGAACAGGAAGUAGGAAGUUGUUUCUUUAGUCUCACACCGUAUUGUAUGUAGGACAGGUUCUGCAGUCAGUCACGUUUUCUGGCCCACUGCGUGCUCCCUGAAAGACCUCGCACAGUCGCUUUAAUCUUAAUGGCGCUAUAAGGAAUUACAUUUUCAUGAAAUUCGCAUGCUUUUGCAAAAAAACGCACAUGCUAUUGCGAUGUCUCGAAAAAUUCCUGAAGAGAUUGCGUGAGCAGCGAGCGCUCAAUCUGCUGUACUCUACUGUAAAUGGUGUUUCUAUGGUGUUUCCUCAUUGGAUGUGGUGUGUGUGUGGGUGUGUGUGUGUGUUUGUGUGUGUGUGAAAUGGCUUUCUGAAUAUGAUAAUAAGGGCUUCUUCGCUUGAUGUUAACAUUCUCCAUUAUGCUUUCUUCUGUCACCGGCUCCAAUAGCGAAGAACAUACACAACUAAAUAAUGAAUAUGUCCAAAAAUCAAGAUAAAACCGGCGGUAAUUAAAAAUAACUGAUGAGAAUCUGGUUUUUACAUAGCGCCCCCUUGUGGACUGCAGUUUGAAAGGUCAUAUUUGUGGUAACCCUAACAUACACCUUAAAUCCAACAUUUAUCAGAAGAAUGCUUGCAAAACCAAUAGCUAUCUAGCAAGCAAGAUGAGGCGUGGUUUUACUCAAAUCCCACUCAAAUGUGGGCAAAGAGUUGAUCAGUGCCUCGUGUUAAAUAUGUUUGCACAAUGAACUCAAAAAAAUAAGGUCAUAGCCGAUUCGUGGCUUUUUUCUUUUUAGUUUGUUUAGCUAAAUAGUGGCAUCAGAUCAGAUUCAAAUUCUGGAAUCAAAUAUACACUCAUUUGGGUCAACAAUGUCUGCUUGAGUUUGCUAGCGUUAACAUUCUAUAGUUACUGAAGCUCGUGAUGCAUUAGUGAACUUGAAGUGGCUAGUACAUAGCUAAAUCGUAGAACAUACUCACUGCUGUGUUUUUAGCAUUUUAUUUAAACCUUUAUCUGGAGAGUAACAAAGUUAGCUCCCUUUGUAUGCCAGCCAACAGCUAGCCUAAUGAUAGUCUUUCAUCAUGACGUCACCUUAAAAACAUUAGCUAAAGCAUUCUGAGGUAAAUUUUGCUAGCAACAUUGUUAAUCUUUUUCUGUUAGCAUUAGUACAAUAGAUAUGAAUAUUAGAUAUUGGCGAUGAACAUGCAGAAUGUUAUUAAAAAUAUACUUUAUCUACUUCCAUUUGAAACCCAAUUCAUCAAACAUACAGAUACAGCACAUUAGAAAUAUUAGAUGAAAAUUUUUAAAGUAAUUGUCGCCAGAUACAUUGUCAUAAUAGCUAUUCUUUAUUGAAGAAACCCCUUAAAAACUGAGACAUGGCUAACUCAGCAACAUUUACCUCAGGUUAGCAUGAGCGACAGGGGAAGAAGCAAUUAUUUUGUUGGAUUUUUAACGUGACAGAAGUUUUUUACGCUGCACUUUGUUUCCUAAAGUGUCUCAGUCUGUGUUGUUUCAUAAAAACAGAGGAGGAUGGACGUUCAUAUAUUUUGUUUGUCGGAUGAAUGUUACAGAUCUGAGGAUAACGCAGAGAAACACUUAUGUUCAGGUCGUCACGUCGAUCUGCUGAAGGAAUGUGAAAAGUUUACUUCACCGCAAUAGUCAUAGUGUCUGAUAUUUCAUUAACGAUGUUGUGUUACCGGACCGCACUGACACCACUGUGUUUCUUUAUAUACAUAAAUAUUUAACUAUAAAAAAAUAUAUAGAUAUUUAUUAUAUCAUUUCAGCUCAGUUUGUUCAGUGUACUGAUAAAUGUUAGCGUUUUCCAAAAUGGCCAUUGGUCGUCAUCAUCACUGUCGAUAGGAGCGACCUAAGAGGAAAUAACUAACAAUGUAUUUACGAAUGUAGAGGAAAUCCACUGAGAGUUCUCAGGUGUAACGGAUAAUCUCUGAAACUUCAGUAUUUUACCCGAAAAUGCAUUUUUCUUUAUCGCUUCUUUAUUUCUCCCUUUGUUACACUUGCGUGCCUUCUGUUAAUCGGAUAUGGAACAAAACACGAAUGGACGGCAACCUGAAAUAAACACGUGUUGCGUUCAACAUCAAAAUCCUGUCAGGUGUGAGCGCAGGCUGGCGAGUGAUUUGUGAGGUAAAAUCGUAGCUGUAUUGAUGGUAUAAAGAUUUGAAUUAAUGAUAUGAUUCAAAUGGCUCCAGAUUGUGAGGAACACGAACGUUACUCGGCGAAUUCGUUCGAAAAGACUUUAUAGGAAUGAAAGAACAGUGUCGUUUGUUAUAAAGCCACUAGAGGGAGCUGUUCAUCAUGGCAGGUGCUUAGUGAACACUGGUCAUGUUACUGACUCGGAGCAGCUUGAUUCAUUUGAGCAGAAUAAAGUUAAAGUGCUGCAUUUUCGGUUGCCAUGUUUACCCAGGCUAACUUCAUUUCCUAAUCCGAAGAAGGAAAUAAAUUAAACAUUUGUUUAUUUGUCGAUACGACGAUCAUGUGACAAAUAAACAAAAGACUCGGAUCGGAGAACAGACUCGGGAGGGGAACUCAUUGUUUCUGUUUCUUGAGCAGGGCCUAUUAUGGAUGUUGCGCAUGCGUGAACACAAACACACACACACCCACACACACACACACACACACACACAUACAUACAAACAUACUGUGAGGACUGUGUGACAUCUGAACUCAGUGUAAGACACACUGGAAGCAGGUGCCGAUCUACUUGUGACAUGAAUGUGUAUUUUCAUGACGCAGUGACGAGAUGAUGAGUCAUUUCAGGUUUAAGGAUUUUUUCACACCGAGUCAGCGCAGGGUCGUGGGGUCGAGCCGACGCUACAUUUCAUUCUGUAAAGCCAUUUAUAAGCAUGACAUCUGUCUGAAAACUGAUCAAUAAAGUCUGUGUUUAAAUCA